AUGGAGGAGUUGGAGUAUUCGGAGUGUUACAUUUUUGAAAUGCUUGAAUUAGACUCAGAAGAACCACCGGCUGCAGAAGCAGCCUCACAGGCACUAUGGAAUUCUCCCAUUAGCUGGGCUCCUCCUAAGGAUGUGGAUUGCAUCCAUACUCAGAAGCCAGUUGCAGCAACGAAGAUGUUUUGGGUAUUUGAAGAGGAGGAGGAACUGACUCACCAUUUCCUUUACAAGCUGGUGGUUCUUGGUAAACUGAAUAACUUGUUCCAAGAAUGGAUUUCAGAAUUUGGUGAGAGCAAGAAUCUUCCCCCUUCAGCAGCAGCAAAUGUUGGUGUCAAAAUAUUUACCUUUGGUUCUUACAGGCUUGGAGUACACACUCAAGGUGCUGACAUAAAUGCUGUUUGUGUUGCUCCUAGACAUGUAGAAAGAUCGGAUUUUUUUCAGUUGUUCUUUGAAAAACUGAAAUAUCAGGAGGAAAUAAAAAACCUAACAGCAGUUGAAGAUACGUGUGUACUAGUUGUCAAGUUUGAGUUUGAUGGCAUUGAGAUGGAUCUCAUGUUUGCCGGACUGUCUCUGCAAACUGUUUCUGAUAAUCUUGAUCUCAGAGGUGACUCGUGUCUGAGAAGCCUGGAUACGAGAUGUAUGCAGAGCUGA